CGACCAAUCAGAUUCCGACAGCUACACCGGAUCCAUUGUUGACAGUGAGACCGGCAAUCUGAAGCGCAUUCUUUCUCUGAUCCCUCGAAGUAGGAAGAAACGAAUAUAUAUAGCAAUGGCUUCAGCAACUAUUUUUCUAUUAGUUGUAUUGCCACUUGCAAUUUGGGCAGCUGACGAAAAGCCGAAAGGACCCAAAGUAACGGAUAAGGUUUAUUUUGACAUUGAAAUAGGAGGCGAAAAACAAGGGAGAAUCGUCAUCGGAUUGUUUGGAAAAACUGUCCCUAAAACAGUGGAAAAUUUUAAGACACUGGCUGAAGGAAGUGCAGAUGACAAAACAUUGACGUACAAGGGAAGCAAAUUUCAUCGCGUUAUUAAAGAUUUUAUGAUACAAGGUGGUGACUUUACAAGAGGAGAUGGCACUGGAGGGAAGAGUAUCUUUGGUGAGAAGUUCCCUGAUGAGAACUUCAAACUGAAGCACUAUGGCUCUGGAUGGCUGAGUAUGGCCAAUGCUGGUAAAGAUACAAAUGGAUCUCAGUUCUUUAUCACUACAAAGAAGACUGAGUGGCUGGAUGGUCGACAUGUUGUUUUUGGAAAAGUUCUUGAAGGAAUGAAAGUGGUGCGAAAGAUUGAGAGUACAAAAACAAAACCUGGAGAUAAACCAGAGAAAGACGUAGUUAUAGCAGAUUGUGGAUCGUUACCUGUAGAUAAACCAUUUGCUGUAUUGAAGAAAGCAUCAGAAGAAUAAACUAGAUGUAUAUAAUUGUAUUAAAAUUUCUUCUAUGUGUUCUUGCUUCUGAUUCUGUCAGUUUUUCAGCUUUGGACCUCUAUUUCAUUUUGCAAAUGGAUAGUAUAAAAAACUGGUCAAAACUAAUUAUUACUUAAAAAAAAUUAAUACCUCUGUCUGCAGUCACUUUAUUUCAGCAAGUGCUGCUGCUAUAGUGGAUGUACACAGAUACAAUGAAAAAAGUAGAUUUUGUAGACAAUAGAAAUAACGGCUUGUAGGAUUGGCAAUUAUUCUAUUAAAUUUAAGAAGAAUCUAAUGUGUAUAUUUAUGGAAUUUUUGAAAAAUUAAUAGAUCAGUGAUGACUUUUUCCCAGGCUAGCAGUUAACUAGUGCCAAGUGUAUAUUUUUUGUAUUCUUUUGCUGAAUGUCUUGUCAAAAAUGCUACCUUUUAUCAUUGAUGAAUCCAUAGCAUUUAUGCCUUAUUUCUUUAUUUUAUAAAAACUGUUUGUUUGUUUUGGAAAGGUAUGUAAUGAUACAUGUAUAACAAAUUCACUAUUACAGUGCUGGAGCAUUAGCUGUAGGAGUUAUUUUGCUUUUAUAAAAUUCCAUACUUCAUUUGUACGUAGGAUAGAAAUUAAAAUAGAUGCUUUUCUUAUUACUCUAAUAUUUAAAAUAUUUUUAGUGAAUAUUUUGCUAAUAAUUUUAUAUACUUGUUUUUCUUAUGUUUUGCUCUUUACAUGUAAUAGAAACUACAUAUGUUUUAAAUUUUAUUAUAUUGGGUCCCUUUUCAUCAAUGUUUAGUCUGAAACUUAGAGAAGAAUGACAAAUAAUUUGCUGUAAUUUUAUUGCA